GUGGCGGCGCAACUUGGGCAACUCAGCGUCGUCGAUCGUCGGAGCUGAAAGAUAAAACAGGCUGUAUCCUCAUCAGUAUUCACAUCAUCAUCAUCGCUAUAAUUACCAUCAUGGUGUUCAAUAUCACAAUAGACCCGACAGACCAGGAUGACAGAUCGGACGACUCGUCGAGUGUUCAAGCCAGUCCAUCAUCCUCAAAACCACUGCCUGGACCGAGGAGGAGGUCAGUGUCAAGGACACGAGAGACCUCCCCAUAUCCCCCAAGGCAGAGUUAUUCACGAUAUAACGACAGCACCGAGCGAUUUUGGCCGCCCGUUGACACUUCAACAUCUGGAUGGGACAUCCGAUCCAGCGACAAGGAUGUCACUGUCCACCUUGAUCUGGAAGCAGGUCUAGACGUCACGGGCGAUCUUGAACGCCUUUCCGAACUCAACAGACUUGGUCGAUUCAGUGAGGGAAUCAAGCUAUUCCAUGAACGACUUGCGCCUCAUCUCGAUUUCUUUCCGGUCGUUGCUGAAUAUGCCGAUCUCCUGCUUGAACAAGGAGAUUUUGGUGCGCUUAUCAAACUGGCUGAUGAGGAGUCAGUGCCAUUUCAAGAGAAGUUCGAUAGUGACCAGGUUCUACUUCUAAAACUGCUGGUAUCACUGGCUGGAAUGCAUACAAAAGGAGCAUUGCUGCCAGCACUAGAAAGAGCAGAAGAAGUGGUGAAAUACUUUGGGAAAAGCCUGAACUUGAUGGUGCUUAGUGGCGUACAGAUCCAAUUAAUGGACGCAUAUCUCCGCAUCAUCGUCUACGUCGCCCAGCACUCAACAUACCUCGAAAGCAAACGCUUCCAACCAUUAUGGAAAUUUGAAAUCCCAGAGACCAAAAUAACAGAAAGACGACGAUCGCUUUAUUCAGAAUCCUAUUCCGACGAGAGCGAGAAUGACGUGUAUGUACGUAGGCACGCGCCAAGGCCUCGCACAACACGAUCAGCAGUCCGAAAUCCAUCCUACAGAUCUGAAGACGAAUACUUACCCCGUCCACGACACAAAAGGCACCGGAGCCCUCAAAGUCCCGUGUUCAUGGACUACGACGAGUGGACACAUUUACCGUACCCCGACGAGCCAAAAGCAUCCCAGCCUGAAGCAAAGCCGCCAAAAACGGAUCGCAACUAUCCCCAGCUUGGAGAAUGGUAUCGUCUUCUGGCCGAGGACGGCUUUUUCUGGGACUCGCAUCGCUUGCUGUGCUGUGUGCUGCCUUUGCUCGGGGAUGCACAAGGGCGAUAUAAGCCUGAUGGCAGUUUCGAGGAUUUUUUCAGUCUUGAUGAGAUAGAUACAGCGCCUGACGUACUCUCUCUGUCGAGUUAUGGAUCAGUCGAGGAUGAACAGAAACUGAUUGCGGAGUUUGCCAACUGCUCUUUACUUUCGGAGUUCUUCAAUGGCCGGAAUCAGACAGAGUCGAUAGCAAAGAUCCAGCGCAAGUUCGCGGAGCGGACAAAGUCGCUUGCGGCCAGUAUUGUCUCCUCACAUCCCCAUCUGAUUAACUCUCGACCGUAUCUGGACUGGAUAUUAUCAGAGAGUACAAAGGCUUCCCCCCGUCCAGAUGCUACAUUACUAUCCCACGACGUGGUAACUCGAUGGAAAGCGUCAAAGCAAGCUAGCACUGAGCAGCGUGUCCGAGGAAGAAACAUGGAUUCAAAAAACACAGUUGAUAAGGCCAUCAGUAUUGUCAAAGACAGCGCCUUGAAACUCGGCGACUAUCGACUUCAGACAUCGCUUUUACAAACACUACAUCGUCAACACCAAGACUUUGACGCCAAUAUCCAGACCAUACGAGAACUCACACACCUACAACAAGAUACCAUGGCAGACAUCCCCGGCUACAUACAAUCAGUACUCGAAGAAUACAUGCUAAUCGAAUACUUCCAACCCCCGAAUCUCCAAUCCCUCCGAAAAGACCUCUACAACCGACUCAGUGAAUUCGAUAAAACCUUCCCCUACGGACCCAGCCUUAACCCAGAAACCAGAAAACAGCUGAAAAUCACCCUUUUCGACAACGCGCUCGUAAAAUGGAUGGAGCUGAGCGCCCAGGAUUCACUACUGAGAAGUAUGAACCGGGACAUCGAGGCAGAGCUGAUCAAGACCCAAUUCCCCGACGUUGAACGACAUAUUCCAUCAUUCUUUGCGAUUAACAUGGGAAUCGAGGCCCGGUGUACGGGAUGCCAUUACUGCGGGACGAAUAAAGAGGGGGUGCCUAACUCGGAUGUCUUUUAUCAUUCAAUUCCUCCAUCCUUGUUGCCGUUGUGGUCUGAUGAUAAUCCUCGUCUUUCCGUGCAGCCAGAUGCAUCUACGGUACCGGCUGCUUCUACUGGCCCAAAGCGCGGUUCCAAUCGAGUCCCGUUAGGGAUUCAAUCGCGCUCGCAAGCUGACCAGACAAAAGAUGAAGACGUUCUCAACAUAGAAGAAAUGAUAAAAAGUCGCCAGGGCGAACGGAGAACUAGAGACGUCGGAAAGCCCGUCCAACGAUCAGACACUCGACAUAUUAUCAAGUACGACCGGAGGAGCCGCCCCUAUGACAGAGUAUCUUUUAACGAAGAUGCAAAAUCCGAGGAUGGAGAAGAAAAACAGACAGAAACGACGACAAGCAACAGCGACGCCCCGAUUAUAUUGAACGAUACAACCGGAAGGAAAUUCUCGUUUCCUUAUAGAAAGUGCCGGACUUGGAAGGGAAUGGAAAAACUCAUGCAAGAUGCUUUCGAAGGAGACGAGACUCUGUCACCACAAAUCGUCAACGGGAAUUAUGAAAUCCUUGAUUCGGAUGGCAGUAUCAUUCUCCCCUUCGUAUGGAAAUCAAUUAUCAAACCAGGCUCCGUGGUCACACUGCACCCAAAGGCAGCAGGGAAAGAAGAACUGCCACAACCUGCGCUCAGCGAUGGAGAGAGAAAUAGAAAUGAGUCCAAAGACAUACCGGAUAUUGAAUCACCGGAUCAUGGACAAAAAAAUGGGGACAUCGAGAUAGAUAAGGACCUCCAGUCGACUGAUGUGUCUGCUAUUAGUGCCCAGGGUCUAUGGGACACUUUUCCAGCACAUUCGGGUGGCGAGAAGGAUGAGACGAACGAGAACACAAAACAGAAUGGUGAUGGUGCAUUGAAAUCGCUGCAACCUGUGGCUGAAGAAGCAUCGCCUUCGGUUUCCGAGGGUAAAGCAGAGUAGAGCCGUGCAUUCUUGUAUACCAGAGCUAUUAUAGAUAUCUGAAAGCAA